AUGUCUGACGUUGUUGUUGAUAAAGUUAAUAAAUUGGUAAAUAACUUAUCAAUUAAUAAUAAUGACACCAAAAAAGAUGGUAAAAAAAAGGACAAAAAAGAACCAAUAUCAGUAUAUUUAGAUCCUCAACCAUCUUAUAUUGAUGAUAGAAUUACAAUGUUUGAAGAAUUAAAAUCAAAAUAUGAUCAAGAAAUAGCAUCUAAACCAAGAGUUGAAAUUAAAAUUACUUUAAAAGAUGGUUCAGUCAAAGUUGGUAAAUCAUUUGAAACUUCUCCAUUAGAAAUUGCAAAUGAAAUUGGUAAAUCAUUCGCUGAAAGACAAGUUAUAUCAAAAGUAAAUGGUCAAUUAUGGGAUUUACCAAGACCAUUAGAAACCGACACUACUUUAGAAUUUUUAGAUUUUGAAUCAAAAGAAGGUAAACAAGUAUUUUGGCAUUCUUCAGCACAUAUUUUAGGUGAAUCUUGUGAAUGUCAUUAUGGAUGUCAUUUAUCUCAUGGUCCCCCAACUGAUGAUGGUUUCUUUUAUGAUAUGUCAAUUAAUAAUGGAGAAACUACUGUUUUAGAAUCUGAUUAUUCAAAUUUAGAAACUAUUGCAACUAAAGCAAUUAAAGAAAAGCAAAAAUUUGAAAGAUUAGAAAUGACAAAAAAUCAAUUAUUACAAAUGUUCAAAUAUAAUAAAUAUAAAGUCAAAUUUAUAUCUGAUAAAAUUCCAGAUAAUACUUCAACUACAGUUUAUCGUUGUGGUCCAUUGAUUGAUUUAUGUAUUGGUCCUCAUAUUCCACAUUCUGGUAAAAUUAAAGCUUUUAAAGUUUUAAAAAAUUCAUCUUCUUAUUUCCUUGGUGAUGCUACUCAAGAUUCAUUACAAAGAAUUUAUGGUAUUUCAUUUCCUGAUAAAAAAUUAAUGAAGGAACAUUUAGAAUUUUUAAAAGAAGCAAGUGAAAGAGAUCAUCGUAAAAUUGGAAAAGAACAAGAAUUAUUCUUUUUCAAUGAAAUGUCACCUGGUUCUGCUAUGUGGUUACCUCAUGGUACUAGAAUUUAUAAUACUUUAGUAGAAACAUUACGUAAAGAAUAUAGAAUUAGAGGUUAUGAUGAAGUUAUUACUCCAAAUAUGUAUUCAACAAAAUUAUGGGAAACUUCUGGUCAUUGGCAAAAUUAUUCAGAAAAUAUGUUUUCAUUUGAAGUUGAAAAAGAACAAUUUGGUUUAAAACCAAUGAAUUGUCCCGGUCAUUGUUUAUUAUUUAAAUCUAGAGAAAGAAGUUACAGAGAAUUGCCUUGGAGAGUUGCUGAUUUUGGUGUAUUACAUAGAAAUGAAUUCUCAGGGGCAUUAUCUGGAUUAACUAGAGUUCGUAGAUUUCAACAAGAUGAUGCUCACAUUUUUUGUACUCAAGAACAAAUUGGUAAGGAAAUUGCUGGUGUUUUCGAUUUAUUAAAUAAAAUUUAUGGUAUAUUUGGAUUUGAAUUUAAAAUGGAAUUAUCAACAAGACCAGAAAAAUUUGUUGGAGAUAUUGAAACUUGGAAUUCAGCAGAAUUAAAAUUAGAAAAUGCAUUAAAUGAUUUCCUUGGUAAAGGUAAAUGGGAAUUAAAUCCAGGUGAUGGUGCAUUUUACGGACCAAAAAUUGAUAUAAUGAUUUCUGAUGCUUUAAAAAGAUGGUUUCAAUGUGCUACUAUUCAAUUAGAUUUUCAAUUACCUUCAAGAUUUGAAUUGGAAUAUAAAUCAGAUUUAAAUAAUGAAAAUAAAAGACCUGUAAUGAUUCAUCGUGCAAUUUUGGGUUCAGUUGAAAGAAUGACUGCUAUUUUAACUGAACAUUUUAAAGGUAAAUGGCCAUUUUGGUUAUCACCAAGACAAAUUUUAAUUGUACCUGUUGGUCCAAAAUAUUUUGAAUAUGGUGAAAAAUUACAAAAAUUAUUUAAUGAUAAAUAUGAAUUUUAUUGUGAUGUUGAUUUAUCUGGUAAUACAUUACCUAAAAAAGUUAGAACUGGUCAAUUAUAUAAAUAUAAUUUUAUAUUCAUUGUUGGUGAAGAAGAAGAAACCAAUAAUUCUGUAAAUGUUAGAAAUCGAGAUAUUGCUGAAGAACAAGGUAAAAAUGCAAUGAUUUCAAUUGAUGAAGUUGUAAAUAAAUUAAUUGAAUUGAGAGAAUCAAAAAGAAGGGAUAAUAAAUUAGUGUAA